CGUUGCUAUGGACGCGUCCCAAUAAGAAAUGACCGCACGUGCUUCUGCUCGCGCCACCGGUUGGCCGCUGUUACGAGCUCGUGCCUGUGCGAACGAGACAUCACGUGUCACAUGAGCGCACGAGCGACAGCGCCGCGCGCUCUCAUCAUUGCCGCUUUCGGACGCGCAGGAGAAUCCAGAAGGUUCCGAAGGGUCCCGACUUGUCUCUCUCUCCCUCUCACACACACACACACACACACACACACACACACACACACACACAGGGAUCGCAGCGACAGACGCACGUGCCACGUGUCCAGGUCAGGAUGGACAGCUCGUGCUCGCGCUCAGACUCGGACUCGGAGGACAGUCCGCAGCGGCCCCUCCUGCGGGACGGUCACGGGGGGUCCAGUGGGCCUGAGAAAGCUCCGGCGUGCUGCUCGUCCCGCUACGGCCUCGCUCUGCUCUCCUGCUACGGCUUCUUCGUCGCGUACGCGCUGCGGGUCAACCUGAGCGUCGCCAUGGUGGACAUGCUGAACGCCAACAGAACCGGGAACGUGAGCCCCUCCCUCUGCCCCGCCCGCAGCGAGGGCCCCGCCCGCCCCAUCCACAACCGCUCGGCCGCCCUGUACGACUGGGACUCGGAGACGCAGGGCUGGAUCCUGGGCUCCUUCUUCUACGGAUACAUCCUGACCCAGAUCCCCGGCGGCUACCUGGCGCGCAGGUACGGGGCCAAGUGGCUGCUGGGACUCGGAAUCCUGGGCACCGUGGUGUUCACCUUGCUCACCCCGCUGGCGGCCGACCUGGGCGCCGGGUACCUCAUCGCCGUGCGCAUCCUGGAAGGCGUCGGAGAGGGGGUGACCUUUCCCGCCAUGCAUGCCAUGUGGGCAUCGUGGGCCCCGCCCCUGGAGAGGAGUCGGCUCGUCACCAUCUCGUACGCAGGUGCCCAGCUGGGGACGGUGGUGGCCCUCCCUUUGUCCGGCCAGAUCUGCUUCUACCUGGACUGGACGUACGUCUUCUACGUGUUUGGGGCCGUGGGGCUGCUCUGGUUCCUGCUGUGGACGCUCCUUGUGAGCGAUGGUCCAGACAGCCACAGGAGAAUCUCGCCCCAGGAGAAGCGCUACAUCACGUGCUCCCUGAAGAACGAGCUGUCCCCGUCCUCAGACCGCAUCCCCUGGGGCUCCAUCUGCCGCUCCAUGUCCCUGUGGGCCAUCGUUGUGGCCCACUUCUCCUACAACUGGACCUUCUACACACUGUUGACCCUGCUCCCCACCUACAUGAGCAACAUCCUGGGCUUCAGCAUCCAGCAGAAUGGAAUGCUGUCUGCGCUGCCCUACCUGGGCUGCUGGCUCAUGGCGCUGCUCGGAGGCCAGGUGGCCGACCGCCUGCGGGAGACGUGCCUCUUCUCCACGGCAACCGUACGCAAAGCGCUCAGCGUCACCGGGAUGGUCGGCCCCGCCGUGUUUUUACUCGCUACGGGAUACACCGGCUGUAACUACAUCCUGGCCGUAGUCUUCCUCACCGUCUCCUCCUCCCUGGGUGGUCUCACCGCUUCUGGCUUCAACAUCAAUCACCUGGACAUCGCUCCUUCGUACGCAGGGAUCUUGCUGGGCAUCACCAACUCCUUCGCCACCAUUCCAGGCAUGGUGGGACCCGUGAUUGCGAGGGCCCUCACUCGAUACAACACGCUGCAGGAGUGGCAGACCGUCUUCCUCAUUUCGGCCGGGAUCAACGUGUUCGGGGCCGUUUUUUACACCGUGUUUGGGACGGGCGAGGUCCAGCCGUGGGCAGCGCGAAAGGGACGUGGCCACAGCUGCUAAAGGCCGAGACCAGGAAGCGCACAGGAGCUGGCUGUCUCUCUCUCUCUCUCUCUCUCUCUCUCUCUCUCUCUCUCUCUCUCU